AUGGUUUCUAGAAAGUCUCAGUCUAGGCCUCCUCCCAAUGCUGGGAUGGAGUUCAAGCCCGCCAACAAAUUGAGGCGUCAGAUGCUUCAUGUCAAGCGGAAGCGUGCCAAGGACUCCGAGAGACGAGCAGAACGAUUCAGAGUAAAAAAGGAAGAGUCUAAGAGCCCAAAGUUGAAGGAAGAUCGUCUCAAACGGAAUAUUCCUCUGACUCUGGACCGCAAGCGUGUGUGGGACGACGCCGAUAGUGACGUUGAGGAUGCGUUAGGCUUGAGCGUGGAUGUUGAGCGCAUCAAGCGACAAAGGAAAGAAGAGGAGGACGAGCUCAAUCGGCCCUUGGAGGAGGGUGAAGAUGACUCGGACGCUUCCGCAGAUGACUCGCAAGAUGAAGACGAUGUCGACAGCAUGCUCGCUACGAGUGACGAAGAGGAGGACGAUGAGGAGGGAGACGAGGAUGAGAAGGCUGCAAAGGACGAGAACCGAGGCCGCAAGAAGUCCUCUCUGCCAUCUGCUACAGAGCGCGCAACCAGCCCAAGUCAAUCGACUCGCAGUACGAAUCUCAAUCUUGCGCCCGAGGCCCUCGCCGCAAAAUUCCCGAGCCUAUUCUCGUCAGAAGCUCCUCCAACACCCAAGAUCCUCAUCACGACCUCCCUCAACUCAACCCUCCACAACGAAGCCGAAUCGCUCACCGAUCUGUUCCCCAACAGUGUGUAUAUUCGCCGCACAGCUCACCGAUACUCUCACAAGUUCUCCAUCCGUGAGAUCGCCUCUUUCGCCUCGAACCGAAACUUUACCGCUGUUGUGGUUGUACAGGAGGAUCAGAAAAGGCCAUCCGGGUUGACCAUAGUCCACCUGCCCAAGGGCCCCACCUUCCAUUUCACCAUUAGCAGAUGGGUUGAGGGCAAGAGACUCCCAGGUCACGGAAACGCAACCGACCAUUGGCCGGAAUUGAUUCUCAACAACUUCCGCACUCCCCUCGGUCUUCUGACAGCUCAUCUGUUCCGGACCAUGUUCCCCCCUCAGCCAGAGCUUGAAGGGCGGCAAGUCGUCACCAUUCAUAACCAGAGAGAUUACUUGUUCCUUCGACGCCAUCGUUAUGUGUUCCGGGAGAAGCGUGAAACCGAGAAGAGUGUUGUUGGUACAGACGGCAAGGAGAUCAAGGGCGUUGAAGGCAUCCGUGCCGGUCUCCAGGAGCUUGGGCCUGCGAUCAAUAUGAAGCUGCGCCGGGUGGACAAGGGGAUCCAACGAGCUAGUGGACAGGAGUGGGAGUGGAAGGGAGGGAUGGAGAAGCAGCGCACCAAGUUCCAGCUGUAG